AUGUCUGACGUUGAACAAGUUGAGCAAGUCGAAGUUGUCGUUGAGGAGUCUGGUUCCAUCACCGUUGAGGAUGCCGUUAAGGUUGUCUUGAGAAACGCUUUGGUCCGUGACGGUUUGGCCAGAGGUUUGAGAGAGUCCUCCAAGGCUUUGUCCCGUGGUGAAGCUGAGUUGUGUGUCUUGUGUGACUCUGUCACCGAGGCUUCCAUCGUCACUUUGAUCGAGGCUUUGUGUAACGAGCCAGAGGUCAAGAUCCCAUUGAUCAAGGUUGCUGACGCCAAGUUGUUGGGUGAGUGGGCCGGUUUGGGUAAGAUCGACCGUGAGGGUAACGCCAGAAAGGUUGUUGGUGCCUCUGUUGUUGUCGUCAAGAACUGGGGUGGUGAGUACGAGGAGAAGAACAUCUUGCUCGAGCACUUCUCCAACUAA